AUCGCAGACCGUAAACAGAGGCAGGCGGAUGUCUCGGAUGUGAGCGGAUCCCGUUAUUUUGGACGGACAGGCCUGGAUCGGUCCAGUAGGUUCCUGCUUUCUUUCAGAACCAGGGGAUAGAAGAAGGAGGCCGGACUAGUACCUUGAUUUCGUUCCUGCCCUAUUACACAUUGAUCCUUGCAGCACUGACACCUCAGACGCCUUGGGGUCACCAUGCGUCCUUCCACCACAUAUGCUGCUCUGCUCUGUCUGCUCGCUGGAGCAGCGAUAGCCAUUCAGAGCCCACAAACAGUGUUCCUGGACAAGCAUCAGGCCACCUCGCUGAUCUCCCGUCAGAAGAGAAAUGCUGGAGCCACCACCUUGGAGCAGGCGUGCAUGGAGAGGGUGUGCACCUAUGAAGAAGCCAGGAAGUAUUUCCAGGACUCAUACCGCACGGACAUCUUCUGGUCUGUCUACAUCGAUGGAGACCAGUGUGCUGAAAACCCCUGCAAGAACGGAGCCAUGUGUUCAGACAGUGUUGGAGGCUAUGACUGCGUCUGCAAGUCGGGUUUCACAGGGGUCCACUGUGAAAAAGAUGAGACACUUUGCACUCUGGAAAAGGACAAGGGCUGCUCACAGUUUUGCAAACCAGGCUACAUGUCCUACGAGUGCUCCUGUGCCCGUGGCUGGAAGCUCAAAGGCAAGGAGAACUGUGAACCUGCAGUGAGAAACCCCUGUGGUCAGGUGACAGGCCUGCCUGCGUGGAAGACCAGACAGUCAACUAUUGCUGCCAGUAACUUUGAGGGACAUCCUUGCACUUCAACUGAGUGUCCUUGGCAGGCUCUCCUGAUGAGUCCAGAGUCUCCAGCCUACUGUAGUGGAGUCAUUCUGAAGGAGAACCUGGUCUUGACUUCAGCCCAGUGUGCCAACAAAUACUCAUCCUUCACAGUGGCAGUUGGAAAGCGUAGCACCAACACUGAAGUGGGAGAGCAGACGCUGUAUACGAAGCUGGUUCACUUCCACCCUCGUUACGUGACAGACAGCCCCGAAAACGACCUGGCUGUGAUCGAGCUCAGUAACCGCAUAACGUUUAGGCCGCACAUCAUCGCCGCCUGUCUUCCAGAGAAAGACUUCGCCGAGAGUGUCCUAAUGUCUGGAGAUUUCCCGGCGGUUGUCACCGGCUGGAAAGAACCGACGCAAGAGUCCAGUUUCCAGGGGCCGCUCACUAUUAACCAGCUGGAGUACAGCAAGCUGCCUCAGUGCUUGGAGACGUUCCCCAACCUGAUGACCAACAAGAUGGGCUGCACCGCCGCUCGGGCCAACGCCGACUGCAACAUGGGCUCCGGCAGCCCCUUGCUCACUGCGUACAGAGAUGUGUUGUUCCUCACAGGGGUGGUGAGCAAACCAAAUGGGGCUGACUGCACCAAAGGAUACAUCUUCCAGAAAGUGUCACGCCACCUCAGCUGGCUGCAGGCGCUCAUGGGUUCCCGUUAGAUCGGUGAAGUGAGGGAACAGCUUGAGCUUGAUGAUUAAUUUAGAGCAAUGCAGGCAAAUAUAUACUAAAACAGGGAA